UGCAGCCGAGCGAUGAAUUGUCCUCGUUGUCACCGACGUCCACGGCGCGCUCUGCCUACGCCCUCGAAGGCCCCCGAAAUUCAGACCGCGGACGCGCGACGCGCAGGGGUUCCCUCAAGGCUCAGGUGCAUCGAGGAUGGUCAGGCCCCGGCCGGCACUCGUCCCCAUGGCCUCCCCUUCGACGCCGGCAAAGCUCUCCCAGGCGUCGUCCUCUGCACCGACCUCCUCGACCUCGGGAUGCGACAAGCUCACGCAGACGCCGCUCUGGGGCGAGCCUGUCCUCCCCUUCUCCGCGAAGGGAACGCAGUUGCCUCCCCCAGCCGUUCAUACACAGCAGCCGAGCUCCAACUACCGCCGCUUGCGCCUAGCCGCACAUCUGUCUGCCCACUGGACACGCGCUAAGGCUCAUAUCCGGAACCGACUCGGCACACCGUCCACUACACCGUUUGCCGAUCCUACAUCUGUUCCCCCGCUCCCCUCUCCGACUUCUGCUACUUCCCCACCUGCUCACGUCACGGCCUACCCAGGAAGUGUGGUGAACGAGGUUGUCGUCGAUCGCUCCUGGUCCGAUGGUUGGGGAGAAAGCGACACAGAAAGCGUUGCCGCCACGAGCUUCGAUGGCGCGUCCAGCUGGAAGUCCGAGGCCGACCACGCCCAUGAUGCACGGACCGGAGUAUGGGCGUCCACACAUCCACUAUCGUUCUGCCGUUGGAGAAUCUGGCCUCGCUUCAUGGACUUCUUCAGCUCCCGCUUCGCCGACCCCAAGACGGAGCAGGAAUACCAGGCCUCCGAAUGGCAGUCAUCCAAGCGACGUACACUAUGGGCCUCGGUAUUCUUUCUCGUCAACUACGUCCUCGGCGCCAUCUUCAUUCCUGUGCCCGUUGAACUGCCUGACAAGAUCUUCUAUUAUGGGAUCGCGACCCUCCUUUCCGUACCCCUGCCCUUCCUUUGCGCGUACGACGUCCCGGUCAAGUACCCCACCUGCUACCAGAUCUUCCUCUCGGUCUCGACCUGGUCAUGGGCCUUCUAUCAAGUGCUCUUCGUUUACCUCUGCGGUUGGUACGACGACGAGCACAGGUGGUUCACGUGUGGCAGCAAGGAUUUCUUGGCGACCUACUACUAUACAGCCGCACUACAAGCCGUAGCGCUUUACGGGGCCAACCUCAAGCGAUUCCCGGGCAUGUUGGGGGCGGUCAUCUUUCUCGUUUUCUCUUUAAGCCUCAUUUUGCCCGACCGCGCCAGUUAUGUUCGAAACCUGAUCAACUUCAUCAUCUACGAGGCGGUGCUUAUCUACAUGCACUAUCAACGCGAGCGGUCCGCGCGCAAGCUCUUCAUUACCACGCUCCAGUUGAAGGUGCAGAUCGAGCAGACGCAGGACGCGCGAUUGAACGAGCGAAAGGCGGCGGACUCGAAGCGGCGGUUGACUUCGUAUGUUUUCCACGAGGUCAGAGUGCCUUUGAAUACCGCGCUCCUGGCCGUACAGAACAUGGAAGCCUCCGGCAAGGUUGAGCAAGUCGAGUUCAACGCCCUCGGGGGCAGUCUGAGCAUGAUGAGCAAGGUUUUGAACGAUGUGUUGGAUUUCAACCGCAUGGACAGUGGCCGCUUCGAGUCACUCUCCGUGCCCUACUCCUUCCACUCCGUCAUGCGGUCACUCUUCGUCCCCCUUCGUCUGGCUACCGACGCCCGAGGUCUGGAGCUCAUCAUCGACCUGGACGACCGCAUCGACACCGCGGCACGACGUGCGGCAUACGAGGCCAUGGGCAUGACACCGGCGGAGGUGACGAGCUCGCUGGCGGAGGCGCCUGCGGAUGACUCGGUCGGCAGGGUCAUGGGGGAUGAGACGAGGCUGAGGCAGAUCGUGACGAAUUUGGCGAGCAACGCGUGCAAGUUUACACCCACGGGCGGGAAGUUGACCAUAUCCACCCGCUUGAUGCUGCCCCGGCCGGAGAGCGAGAACAUGGAGAAGCUCGAGACGCCGGGGUUGACGCUGAACUUUGGGAAUCAGGCGCCACAUUCGCCACGACCGGAUGCUGCGGGUCGGGGUGCGUCGAUCCCGCAAGACAAGAUCGUCGUCCGGAUUGAGGUGUGCGACACGGGGUCGGGGAUUAGGCCACAGGAUAUGGUGGAUAACAAGUUGUUCUCCGCCUUCAACCAAACCGAGCAAGGUCGUCAACAAGGUGGCAAGGGCACGGGACUUGGGCUCGCCCUCGUGCGCCAGAUCGUCAAGUUGAGCGGUGGGCGACUGGGUGUGCGGUCGCAGGUUGGCGUGGGCUCGACGUUCUGGGUGGAACUGCCGUUGGGCGUUGGGGAGCAGACGCUGCUGGCAAGGGGUCCACCACCGCCGGGGACGGCGGGACCGGCAACGCCGAGAAUGCUUGCGCUGCCCUUCCCGGAUGCGGACGAGGACGAGGUGGCGAUGGAGGUAGGGGCUGUGAGGUGUACCGCUGGCGUGCCAGGGGAGGAUGCGGUGGCGAGUGAUCAAGUGUCGGGGUCGGGCAAGGGGGAAGAUGGUGGCGAUACGAGCUUCGAGUCGGUGCCGCCGAGGACACCGGAUGCUGAUGAGGCAAUGGUCGCGCCGUCGUUACCUUGGGGUCCUCCGACGCCGAGCUCGUCGCGACAUCGAAAUGAUUCGUCGUUGGAUGCGAGCUCGGUGCGAACCGGGAGGUCGGGGUCGGCGAUGCAUGGGAUUAUGGAUCAGGGUGGGCAGUUCGAGCUCAUGCUGCGACGGUAUGCCACGACGAGCGUGCCGACGCGGACGAUGGGCGACUUCGUGAUCUCAACCGAGCAACCGUCGCCGACAAUACCUCAACUGUCGCCCAAGCUGCCCACUCUUACCCUCAUCCCGCCGUCAAGACGAGCUACAGAAGACCAAUUCACCAUACCGACUACGUCAAGUACCACAGAUCCUCCGUCAACACCACUUCGACCCACUUUAUCGACGCACCCGCACUUCACGCCCUCGUCAAGGCCGCCAUCAUCUCCCUCACCCACCGUACCUACCUUCGAGGCGUCGAUGAGCGCCAGCACGAGCCGACUACAAGCGCAACGCUUUGACGGCACCAGCGUCCUUGUCGUAGACGACGACAAGACCACGCGCACGCUCAUGAAGCGCAUGCUCGAGCGCAUGGGCUGCACGGUCACCGUUGCUGAAAACGGGGCCGUCGCGCUCAAGCUCAUGGGCGUCGGCGAGGUGAUCGCGAGCCCCGCAAGCGAGCUGAGCGACCCGACCGCGGCGCUGAACUCCGCGAACCUGCCACCGACGCCCGGGGAGGAGGUUCGCUUCGACGUGGUGUUCAUGGACAAUCAAAUGCCGCUGGUGAGCGGGAUGGGGGUGGCGCGCAGGUUGCGGGCGAUUGGCAGGGACGAUUUUCUUGUCGGGGUGACAGGGAACGCGCUGCAGACGGACCAGCGCGAGUACCUCGAUGCUGGGGUCAAUCGACUAUUGACGAAGCCCGUGUUGGAAAAGAACAUGCGGGAGAUGUUGUUCCUCGGCCUCGAGCGUCGCAGAGCGCAAGGCGCAGGGUAGCAUCUGCGCUCGGCCGGCAGGUCUUCGCCCGAUGGUGAGAAGCACUGCCGGCCACAAAAUCACUUGCAUUUUCCGGACAGAUUGCUUGUUCAUCCAUGCGUCAGAUAGAUUUAGGGGCUUUUGGGGCAUCAUGUAGGUACAUUGAAGGUACUCUGGUUGUCAUUCUUCUACUCUUGCCGUUGCAUUGAUCAUACACACCAUUGGUAUCCUAUCCGCUUCUCGCAGUGCAU